AAAAGAACCCGUGCCUUACGGACAUCAAGUACACAAUACGAAGAAUUGAUAAGUUACAUGGAAUCACAUUCCGAGUUUGCAGCUGGCAAGUUUCUAACGAAAGAAGGAAAGGUACAUCACAUAAAACAGUGGGAAGAGUUAACGAUAAAAUUGAACAGAUUGUCUAGUGGCACUCAAAAAUCAACCAAACAAUGGCAAACGGUUUGGAGAGAUAUGAAAAGUACUGCAUCAAAGAAAGCAUCCAAGCUUCGAAAUGAAAGGCAGAGAACAGGGAACUUUCCUGUAACUGCACAACCCUUGAGUACGAUGGACCAGCGUGUCAUUGCCUGUAUGGGUUUGGAAUAUGUCCAAGGAUCUGUCAACUGUCCUGACAGUACUCCAGAAGAAGAGGAACAUCAACAAAGAUUGGAAAGAGGGGAAACAGAUGUGUUAGAUUACACACCUACAACCACGUCUAUUGAAGAUAUAUUUGUUGAUAGCUAUGUACCUCCUACUUUUGAAGAAAAUGAGACUGAAAGUAUGGAAAGAGAAGAUGCUGUUGGAGACGAACUGGACUACAAUGACGUGGUUAAUAUAUGCAGACAAAGAAAUGUUGAAGACAUUUCUGCUACUGAAGGAAAUUCGCAAACUAUACCUGCAUCUCAUCGACGAAGAGCCGAAGAAAAUCAGCGUAAUCGAAGACAACAAAGUGGAGUGCAACAACAAGAAGCUCGUGAAAACGUUAACGACGAACCGUGCUCUAAUAAUGUCAUUAAUCCACGCAGACAAAGAAAUGUUGAAGACAUUUUUGCUGCUGAAGAAAAUAUUGCACCCAAUUCGCAAACUACAUCUGCACCUAGUCGGCGAAGAGCCGAAGAAAUUCAGCGUAAUCGAAGACAUAGACAACGAAUCGGAGUGCAACUACAAGAAGCUCGUGAAAACUUUGGUGAUAUAGCAGAAAAGCAUGCUGAGGCCUUAAAAUUAUUCGCAGAAGCUUCCAUGAAAAUGGCAGAAAAUGAUUCACAACGCGUACAAUUGGAAAACCAGCGUCUUGAGAUAGAAGAAAAAAGGAUCGUAGUAGAGGGACAGAUUCAUAAGCUUCUCAGUAUUUUACUAGAUAAAAUAGAAUGAUGUUGAGAAUUUAUUUCUUAUAGUCUGUAAGAGAGUUAUAGAGUCUACAGUUUAUUCUUAUAAUUGAUUUCUUAUAGUUUAUUUCUUUUAAAGUUUAUUUCUUAUAUUUUAUUUCUUAUCUCAUAAUAUUACGUUGUUUUUGUUUUGGAAAACUUGAUAAAGUUAUAGCGGUCCGUUCGUACAAAGAAGAAAAAAUGAGAUGGAAACUCAAUUUGUGUUCAUGUAUUUAUUAUAAGCUACAUUACUGAAUAAAACACUUUUA